CGACGAGCAGCAGAAGAGUGGGAUUUCUGCGACCGUUGGCUUCCACGACUUUCUGCCAAAAACUCCGACAUCUGUGGUAUAUUUUCUUUCGUUGUCUCUCUCUUGCUAUUAUUGAGAACAUAGACGGACAAGAUGGCAUCCAAGUGCGUCCACAAGGGAUGCGGUAAAGAAUUCACCGACUCCGAGGAGCAGUGCGUGUAUCACCCUGGACCGCCAGUAUUCCACGAGGGACAAAAGGGUUGGAAAUGUUGCAAACCCCGCGUUCUCACUUUUGAGGAAUUCCUGGGGAUCCCACCUUGCACUACAGGCAAGCACUCGACAGUCGACGACACCCCCGUCGAGCCCGCAAAGAAACCUGCAAACGAUGAAGCUAUCACUUCCCUUUCUGCACAGCUGGCAGCAACUGAAACUGCCCCGCCGCGACCUGUUGCUUCGCCCGCCAUUGCCCCUCCUUCGAAUGCGCCCUCGCCGGCUCCCGAAGAACCAGACUCCGACGACCCAUCUCUGGAGAUCCCAACGAAUGCGACUUGCCGGCGGAGAGGGUGCGGUUCAGGAUAUGAUGCAUCUAAAUCGCGGGAGGAGGAGAAGUGCGUGCAUCAUCCGGGACAACCAGUUUUCCAUGAGGGGAGCAAAGGAUGGUCCUGCUGCAAGAGGAAAGUGUUGGAGUUUGAUGAGUUCCUGAAGAUCCCAGGAUGUCAGGAGAAGAAGCAACAUCUUUUCGUGGGCAAGGUUAAGCCAGCGGGAGAGGAGAAGGUCGAGACCGUGAGGAGCGACUUCUACCAAACACCACACUCGGUGAACGCCUCCCUCUACCUGAAGAAGAUCGAUAAAGAAAACGCCAAGGUUAACUUCGCCUCCACGUCGGUCGAUCUCGACCUCCCGACGACAGACAACAAGCGGUUCAAAGAUACAUACCAGCUGUUUGCGCCGAUUGACCCUGAACAAUCCAAGUUCCGCGUGCUGGGCACCAAGCUCGAAUUGACGCUGAUCAAGGCAGACGGAACCAGCUGGCCAGUGUUGAAGAGCGAUGACAAGUGGAGCGGAGAGAGAAUUCAAAUUGGAAAGGCAGGGAGGGUUUAAUGUCUGAUGAUUGACUUAGCAUAACGUGACGAUAGUAUGAUAGAUGACGGUUGACUCGUGGAGAAAUAUUGAAAUAAUACAGCUAGCAGGAGCUGCUUACAAGGCGCGAAAAGGCUGAGAGGACAGAGUAUAUACGGGAAAAUAAUUCAUUUGAUUGACUAUUCUGAAGAGCACCAAGUGCCUGUAUGAUUGAGCAAGAGUACACAACAUAGAAUGUACUGAAAGGGUGUGUUGCGCCCCCUCCACAGCUAAAGCGCCUGGGGAUCUUUUCUUGCGAAAUGAAGCCCUAGCCUAGCCAUAGUUUGUAAGGGAAAAAGGGAUGCGCACGCGGAACAAGUCCACGUUACUCUGCGAAGCCGGGAACGGAGGGAAACCCAUGGAGUUAAUUCCAAACAAGAAUAGCCCUCAG